UUAACUACACACAACCUAUUGCCUGUAAUAUUAAAGGCAGGGCAUCAGAAAUUAAGUUGAUUUCAAGCACAUAUACAUACAUUAUAAUCAUCAAAACUUGCUAAUAACGAGAGAAACCUACCUCACUAUAAUCAAUUCCAUCUCGUGGGUUGGCUUUGUUACAGACGAUUCAUAACCAUAAUGGCUUCUUCUCCAGCUUCUUGCUCAACUCCGAUCAAACCUUCGUCUCUCAAGCUGAUAAGUAGUACUCGUCAAGCUUUUCAAGUUCGAGCUCAGAGCUUUAGAGAUGAAGGGAGUUGGAGUGAAGCGAAUUUGAGGGUUCUGAGAGAGAGGAUACAGGAAAUUAAGAUGAAGGAAAGACUUGAGAGGUGUUGCAGAUGUGAAUUUGGAUGGAAUUAUUCACCUGGGUAUAAUUACAAGCUCAAGAAACAAGGGGGUUUAUCCCAGGUUUUUGAUCUUGUAGGAUUGGUUUGUAGAACUAUUGGUUUCAGCUGUGUUACUGGUACUUUGAUCCUUGUUAUUGUUUCUCUCAUAAUUCAUUUGAAUCAAUGAUGAUGAUUAUUAUUAUUUUA